GACCUGACAACAAACUAGAGGGGGGAAACAAGAGGACGCUGUGAUUCCCUCCACCCUCGUCCCUCUUGCAGAGCUCUUCGUCUUCUUUGUCACCUGCCCCCCCCCCCCCAUGUCUCCCAAAGUGAGACCCGCCGCUCGGGGCGCAGGCCGCCUCCUCUGGGUGCUCCUGUGGCCCCUGCUCUGGGCUCUGGUGCCAGCCGGGGGCUCCACGCUGAGUCCCGGGGACUCGCAGAGCAACGCCGCCACGUCGGCGCCGGAGGACUGGACCGGCACGGCGAUCCGGCUGCAGCCAGACCUGCAGGCCGAGACCCAGGGGCCGACGGGGGUUCUGCCAACUCACAGCACCACCAGAAACUAUACAGGUCUGUCCUGUAUCCCCGUCCUGCCGCCACGCCGGGGUUCCUUCUACGUGGAGAGCGGUACGGGCGUCUCGAUCGGCAGCGCGUUGGCCUUCUGGUGCAGGGAGGGGUACCAGCUGGUCGGCAGCGACAAGAUCUACUGCGAUGUCCGCAACGGCAAAUCCCAGUGGAGCAACUACCUGCCGGUCUGCGAAGCGAUCCCCAGACCUGAGGACCGCGGUCUGAGAGUGGCUGUGUUGGCUUCAGUGGUGAGUGGCAUCGUCAUCCUCGCCAUGUCCCUGUCCUUCCUCAUCUGCUGCGUGCAGGAACGAUCCAGUCGGCACCGAGCCAAGAAAGACGGACGCAGCAGGCGCCGAGACAAGCGCUCGUCCCGUCGCGGCGAGUGUUGGCUGGAGAGAGAAGAGGGCGAGUGGGAAGCUUUCCCUCCUCCCAAGAUCUUCCAUCUCUCCCAGAGGAUGAACCCCCGCCUGGCUCCAGACAGCCCGCUCUACCUCACCGGGGGGCUCGGUGGAUUUGAGAACAGAGGAUACCAGAGGAGUCAGGAGAGUUUGCUGAAGGCCUCCCUGCCCGGACUCUACCGCUCCGAGUCUCAGCUUUACCCGCACGUCGUCCUGCAGAGGGCGGCGACUCCGACGGCGCCCUCCGCCCCGCUCUACCUCCACCCGCCCUCUUCCGCCUCCUCGCCCGCCCCCCCGACCCAGGGUCGGCCUCACGUCGUGGCGCAGCACCCCGCGCCGGCGUACCCGCCCCACCCCAACGCGCCGGUUCCCGCGUACCACACGACACCGGCGCCCAUCUACCCCAACCCGACGCCCCAGCGGCCGUGGCAGUAGCCACGCCGUCCACUUUCCACAGUUACGCGGCGUUGAAGCCGCCGGGGGGACAGCUUCACGUCCCUGUUUCCUCCCAGUUCUGCAAAUGCAAAGCAAAGAGAUGCCAGUGGAGAAGUUCCUCUGUUUCUGCACGCUUGCUGAACUCCUCCGGUAUUUCGGACGUAGCAGGAACUGAACAUUCUUGUCCUUAAUUCUUGCCGAGCUGCUGCUGCUGCUGCGCUCCCUUUAAGAGCAGUUCUGUGGAGGAAGUCGAGCUUUCUUUUAGCCGUCGGGAAUUAGAAGAGAGCUUUGGGUAGCCGGUCAACAAGAGAACACUGGAAGUUUUACUUUCAGGAGAACUUAUGCAGUUUAACCGUUGACAUUUAUGAAGGAUGUGAUGACUCUUAAAGGACUUGGACGAUGGUCGCCAAUGUUUAGGCAGCUCAAAUCUAUUAAUUGGUUAUUUCUAAGAAAAGGAUCCCUAUCAGCCUUCCUGAAGUCCACAUCGUCUACUCUCGACAGAUACAUAUAUAUAUAUAUAUAUACAUAUGAAAUGUGACUGGUAUUUCCUCCCCCAGGGAAGAGAGAACAGAUGACGAUGGCUUUAUGGGUAGAAAACACACCGCAAAAAGCAGAAGAAAACCUCAGUUUCUAUGGAUUUAAAGACACAUGUGAUCGUUUUCAAUUGACACUGCUCACCUGAAUCUUUAUCGACAUGUCAAUCCAGCAACUCAUUCUGUCACAGGUGAUGUUUUUUUUGUUUAGGUCAUUCAGCGGCCAUGGUGGAUUUAGGAUCAUGGAGAAUAGGACUAGUGCACAUGACUGGAAAACUGAGCCGGGUCCAAUAAUAACUGCAAAUAAUUGAAGCAACUUGACUUUAAUUAAAGUCUUACAGGGAGGUUCGGAUCGUAAGUUGAAAAUAAAACACAAUGAUACAGCAGCACUGUGAGGCUGCUGACCUUGAUGCACCACACACACAGAGGUGCGCUGACAUGUGGAGUUUGAGCAGCGAGAUGGAGAAACAUCUGGACCUCGAUGACCUCUGACCUCCGAUUGGCGUGACUUCUCAAAACGUCAUCUGCAGCUUUUACAGCUAAUGUGGAUAUUAUUGCUUCGAAUUUAAUUUGUUAUCUUUAAAUGAAUAAUUAGCGGUUAUCAUUCCCAUGGUCUAUACUCUACUGUAUGUAAUUACAAUGCAUUUUAAUCAUAAACUCUUUGAAGAGCCCCUUUAUGGUUGCGUUAGUAAUUUCCCCCUCCAACUGUGAGUUGUUUUAUUAUAGAAUACUCGAGUAGACACACUAACAAAUCUGCACUUUACACUUUUUGAAGGGGGAAUUUUAAACCUUUACUGUAAUCUAAUUGUUGUAUUAUAAUAAUAAUAUGAAUAAUAAUACUGCCAUUAAGCUGAAUAAAGAGACUUUUGUGUAGUUGAACAGUU